AUGUCAAUGUCAACCUAUACACCGUCAUCAACAUCCCCUGAUGGACCCUCAGAGCCGCCGCCAACAGCUAGUGGUAGCGGGACGGGAGCAACAGCAGCUCACGAGCCGUUGGCUUGUGUGAGUUGUCGGACGAGGAAGCUGAAAUGUGAUCGUAGAAAGCCGAAUUGCACCAGGUGUGCUCGGAGUGGUGGCGAUUGUCACUACCCGGAGUCUCGGAGGAAACCAGCGUUUAAGCGAAGGAAUGUUAGAGAAUUGGAAGAGAGACUAGCACAGGUGGAAGGUCUCUUGAAGAAUGUCAGCAGGCGGCGAACCAGCCGGGAAGCCGGGCCUAGCACAACGUCUGGUUCUCUAGAACCGUCACGGCAGCCAUCUCAAGAAUCAUCACCUCUAGCUGGCCUAGAGGCCGAUGCUUCUCAGAUCAACUUUGACGACUUAUUUGCAGAUCCAACUUUCCAAGAUCCAUCAUGGUUUUCACCACCACCACCUCCUCCCCCAGAUGGAUUUUCGUCCACAGCCAACAACCCUCCGCCAUGGGACCUGUUUGGUUUGGGUCAGUUUGAGAGCUUGCCCCCGUGGGAAAUGAUUGAGGAAUUGUAA